AUGAAGGUGUAUGCCGACAACAAGGCGUUCGUCGACAAGCACAUGGCCGAAUACGCCGAGGGCAAACACACCUUCACCGUGGCACUCAACAAGUUCGCCGACCUGACCUCCGAGGAGUUCAGUUCCAUGUACAAGGGCUACGUGGCGCGACGGGCCGCCACCGUCGACUGGCGCGACCAGGGCGCCGUCACACCCGUCAAGGACCAGGGCCAGUGCGGCUCGUGCUGGGCCUUCUCCGCCACCGGCUCACUGGAGGGGCAUUGGAAGUUGGCCGGUAACCAACUGGCCUCGUUCAGCGAGCAGCAGCUGGUCGACUGCUCGGGUAACUACGGCAACCUGGGCUGCAACGGCGGCCUCAUGGACUCGGCCUUCGAUUAUAUCAAGGCCAAGGGCGGCAUCGAGUCCGAGUCGUCGUACCCGUACAAAGCCAGGAACGGCCACUGCGAGGCGGACAAGAGCAAGUUCGUCGCGUCGCUCUCGUCGUACGUGGACGUACCCUCGGGCUCCGACGAGGGCGGCGACGACUACUGGCUGGUGAAGAACUCCUGGGGCGGCUCCUGGGGCGAGGAGGGCUACAUCAAGAUGACAACGCAACAAGAGUAA